GAAUGGAUUUUAUAUAAAUAUUUACCCCGACGAAGCUACUGCUGAGCUCGUGGGAUAAACUCGCGGCAGCUGGGCUCACUCUGCUUCCCUCGCCUGCCUCUGAAAGGGUUUAAUUACUUUGGAGAGGAGAGGGGAGAGAUCCAGAUCCCAGUUCUGGCUCCAGACUGACCCAAAAAGCAGGACCAGGAUUUAAAUGAACUAUGGAUCUGAAGGACAGCACCAGCGAGGGCAGCAUGGGCAGCCUGCAGCCUUCCAGCAUCCAGAUUUUUGCCAACACCACCACGCUCCACGGGAUCCGUCACGUCUUCGUCUAUGGGCCGGUCACCAUCCGGCGCCUGCUUUGGACCUUGGCCUUUGUGGGCUCGCUAGGUCUGCUCCUGGUGGAGAGCUCGGACAGGGUGGCUUUUUAUUUCUCCUACCAGCACGUGACCAAAGUGGACGAGGUGGUGGCGAACAGCCUGGUGUUUCCUGCUGUCACCAUCUGUAACCUCAACGAGUUCCGCUUCUCCCGGCUCACCACCAACGACCUGUACCAUGCUGGGGAGCUCCUGGCUCUGCUGGAUGUCAACCUGCAGAUCCCCAACCCUCACCUGGCUGACCCUGCUGUCUUAGCCACCCUCCAAGAAAAGGCCAACUUUAAGCAGUAUAAACCCAAAGUUUUCAGCAUGCAAGAGUUCCUGGCACGGGUUGGCCACGACCUGAAGGAUAUGAUGCUGUACUGCAAGUUCAGGGGCCAGGAGUGCAACCACAAGGACUUCAAAACUCUGCCACUGGAUGGGAGUAACAUGGAGCCCCAAACAGCACAGGUGUGUGGUGUGGCCAUGCAGGGAGGAGGAGAAGCCUUGAACCCAAUACUUGGCACCACCCCAAGCUCGGACCAGCCAUCCAGGGAGGGAUUCACUGUGGGUGUCUCCAGCACAGGCAUUGCCCAGAAGGUGCCAUCUGCUCAGGCACUGCUGUGAGAAGAGGACAGUGGUUCAGGAGUGACUGCAGGAGGAGCAGAGCACCCACUGCACUGAAUCCCACAGGCUCUUGUGAAGAACCAGUUCACAGCCUGUGCUUUGAGGAGAGAUCAUUAUACCCGAGUUUGGAUUUCAGACAGCCUUUGGAUAUCAUCUUUCCCUGUUCCCUGAAAGAGCUGUCAUCUCUAGGUUAAGAAAUAACUAGAAAACACAAUGUCAAGAGCAAGGCCUCCUCCACCAGCUCCCAGAAGAUCCAACUGCUGCAUGACAGACUCACAUCAUCACUUGAAAACUUUUCCCAAACACAGCUCCUCUGCAUCAUUUGUUUCUGGCCCAGGUGGACACCAAAGUGCAGACACUGAAAUGCUCCUGAAUGCAUCCCUCAGUUCCUUAUUCCUGUGGCUGUGGUGGGAUCUCUUGUUAUUGUGUGUCAGGUUGAUGUGAAGGUGCAGUGUGAGGUGCCCUCAGGUGCAGUGUGAGGAGGAGAAGCUGCUCUCCCAUGAGGUAUCUCCUCUGUGGCUCUAGGUGGGGAUGUCUGGCUGAUGGCUGCAAGAUUUGGGUGAUGGUUGCAGGCAGUUCUUGUUCAGGACAGCUCAGGCUGUCCCCUCACUCUGUAACACCACAUUCCUGUCUGGGCUGAGCAGGACUGGGGAACAGAUGGGCAGGUGAAGGUGGCUGAGCCCCCUCUGGAGAGGGGUCAGGGUGGCAUCUGCUCCCAGGCCUGCUCUGACACCGGUGGAAUGUGCUGAAAGGGAGAGAUUUGGGUUCCCUACUUCAGUACAGAAUGGGCUGGGAACACAGAGCAUUUAUCCAGGUGUUUCACAAGUGAUACUGGCACUGAACAAAACACUGAUGACAACUGCAAGGAUUUCACUAAAAACUCUCCUGGCAGCAUGGUGCCUCUUCAGCUCCAGGAGUGUGCCCUUCCUGAGUCUUUGGAAAUGUCCCUCCAGCUGCCAGAUGCAGAAUCUGAGGAGGACAGGCACCAGAAUGGGGGACAAAAAUGAGGAUAUUUGUUAUUAUCUGGUAAAAUUUUAGGAAGCUGUGGAAAUCAGGAGUAUGGUUCAGUUGCCCCAUGAUCAUGGAGUCAUGGAACGGCCUGGGUUGGAAGGGAUAUGAAAAACCAUCCAGGGCCAGCCCUGCCAUGGGCAAACACCUUCUACUGUCCCAGGCUGCUCCCAGCCCCAAUGUCCAACCUGGCCUUGGGCACUGCCAGGGAUGCAGGGGCAGCCCCAGCUGCUCUGGGCACCCUGUGCCAGGGCCUGCCCACCCUCCCAGGGAAGGAUUUGUUCCCAAUAUUUAAUAAUUCUGCAGAGAACAGACAUUUCCCAGCCUGUGUCAGUGCAUGAUUGGAGGGGUUGAUGUAGCCCCUGGAGCCCAUCACAACCACCCCAGAAAGAGGGCACUCCUGUGUUCCUUCUGGAGAAACCUUUUAUGGAUCCAGCCAGCCAAGCCAGCCUUCCCAUGGAUCCAGGCCAAGAACUACACUUGCUAGAAGGUGCUGCAGAGAUUUCAUAUUCCCAGAGAAAGGGAGGCAUCAUCCAAAUGUUCUGUGCCUGGGUUUAGAAGAGAAAGAUUGAAAUGAAUCUGCACAGAAAAUGGAUUGCUUUAAAUCCUGGUUAUUUUAGAACUACAUCAAGCUCAUGACAGAAAACAUGUCUUGCCAUGGCUAAUUCUGUCUUUGUAUUAGCUGGGCCAGGGUGGGGAAUUGAGCCAAAAGGAGCCAGAAACUCCUGCUCUCAAGCACUGGCUCCCAUUUGGGAACACCACAGCCAGCUGUGCUUGUGGGAUGCUGGGCUGUCACUCAGGAAUGCCUUGCACUGAUCCUGGCUCCUUGGCAGACUCAGGGAAGGAGGUCAGCAGGAGAGCAAAGGAGGCUUUGGAGGCUGCCCUGCUAAACCACACUGGGGCUUGAGGCAGCAAAGCUCCCAGGGGGAGCAGAUGGAGUGGGAAGAUCCCCCAGCACCUCCAAACCCUUCUCAUGUCCCCGUGCCAGGGACAGCAUGGGCCAGGCAAAGCUGGAAGUGACCAUUCCCUGGGGAAAGCCUGUGGGGCUGGAGCUGGAGCUUCUCCUCUGCCAGCACAGAAAUCCCUGAGCUGAUGGAGCUGCCU